AUGUCCUCAACCUUGACCUUCACCCAAGGCCUGCUCCUCGGUCAGCUCUCCGUUGUCCUCCUAAUCGGAGCGUUCAUAAAGUUCUUCAUCUUCGGCGAAGCUCCUCCAGUCCCGUCGCGAUCAUCUGUUCGCACCACCAAACACAUUCGCUCCCCCUCACUGCAUAACCUAGCAUCCUCCAAGAGCUCCGCUCCGCAAUCUCUUCGAAAUAAAGCCAGUGCAACGAAUGUGCUAAGGCCUGUGCCGACAACUGCUACAGAUAUAGCUUCGAUCUUGAGAAAGACGUACUACCAAAUCCCCACCCGCGGCCAUGGGAAAAAUGCCCAUUCCACCCAUCAACCUGAGAGUCUCGACUGGUUGAAUGUUUUGAUCGCACAGACCAUUGCCCAAUACCGGCAGACAGCGUACAACCUCAGAGAUGGCUCUGCUGGAGGUUCUUCUACCAUUAUCGCGAGCCUCGAGGCUGCCAUCAACAACCCGGACAAGCGGCCAUCUUAUAUGGACAAAAUCAAAAUCACUGAGAUAUCUAUGGGUGAGGAAUUUCCCAUAUUCAGCAAUGUACGUGUCAUGUCUGUGGAGGACGAUACUUCAAGUGCCACUGGGGGAAGAUUGCAGGCUUUGAUGGAUGUAGAUCUGUCUGAUGAUAAUCUCACUCUGGCAAUCGAAACUGCUCUUAUCCUGAAUUAUCCCAAGCCACUUUCUGCUGUGCUGCCAGUAGCUCUGGCGGUCUCAGUGGUCCGAUUUUCCGGCACGUUGUCCAUCAGCUUUGUGCCUGCUACACCGGACGACCCAACGAUUAAGGACAAGGCCAAGCAACCCUCGACCGCUGGCAAUCCCAAAACAAAUCUUGCAUUCUCCUUCCUUCCAGACUAUCGUCUAGAUCUCUCUGUCCGAAGUUUGAUUGGUUCUCGCACUCGAUUGCAAGAUGUACCCAAAAUCGCACAACUCAUCGAAGCUAGAGCACACGCUUGGUUCGAAGAAAGGGUCGUGGAGCCUAGAGUCCAAGUCGUGCCUCUCCCGGGUCUAUGGCCUCGUAUGGGUAAGGUCAGAGUAAGGGAGGGCCAGGAAGAUGACCGACCCUCGACCCAGGACGAACAUCGGGCUACAUCAUUUGUGAGCCGAAGAGAUACCCGUGCCGACGAUGGCUUUCCAUCUCAGGAGGAGACGGAGAAGAUUUUCGAGAAUCUCCGAUUUCGCAGUGGCCGUGCCCGAGCCAACAGUCAAGCUAUAAUGGGUGAGGAAGAUGCUCCCACCCCACAGGCUGUGAGGACGAUGCCUGGGGCUUUACCCGCGUGA